CAUUCUCAAAAAAAUCUUUCACGUCCUAGGAGAAAGAGCAAAAUAAGUUUUUUUUUUUAUUUAUUUAUAAAAAACCAUAAAAAUAUCACCUUGAAUUGCUCUCUCCCUCUCUCUCUCUCUCUCUCUCUCUCUCUCCCCCUCCAACCCUAUAGGCUACAGCAAGAAAAUAGAAUGGAUUCUUCAAUUAAUGUUCCUCGAUGGACACCAAACCCAAGUCCAUCAAAAUCAUUACUAAAAGAGGCCGAGACAAGUGCAAGAUUUGAUGAUGAUAUAGAGAUGCAAAGCAUAGCUUCUGGAGAAGAAGAUGGCAGGUCGACAUGUACCACAGACAAAAUGUUAUUCCCAUUUAGCAUUGCUCAUGGCUUCGCUAUUUCUAGUGCUCCCCACGUAGAGAUUCAUGAAGCAUCAUCUCUAAACUCCCAUGUUACACAAACGUUGGCGAUAGAACAAGAAAAUUACUUUGCAUUCAAGGAAGUUGAUUUUGUGUCAAAUAGAGAUCUAGGUCUUUUCUUGACAUGGAAGGAGCUGUUGGUUACAGUGCCUGAUGGAAAAAGUGGCCGCCGGCCGAUACUUGAGGGGCUUACUGGGUACGCUGAACCGGGAAAGAUGCUGGCUAUCAUGGGUCCUUCUGGCUGCGGCAAAUCAACUCUUUUGGAUUCUUUGGCAGGAAGGUUAAGUUCAAAUACGCGGCAAACUGGGGAGAUCUUGAUAAACGGACGAAAAGAAACGCUUGCUUUUGGAACAUCGGCCUAUGUGACUCAGGAUGACACCUUAAUGACAACACUGACAGUAAGGGAAGCUGUUUACUACUCAGCACAACUCCAACUGCCUGAUUUAAUGUCAAGAUCAGAGAAGAAAGAAAGAGCUGAGAUGACUAUAAGGGAGAUGGGGUUGCAAGACUCCAUAGACACAAGAAUAGGAGGGUGGAGCAUAAAAGGCCUUAGUGGUGGACAAAAGAGAAGGGUUAGCAUUUGUAUUGAAAUAUUGACGCGCCCAAAGCUUCUUUUCCUUAACGAGCCAACUAGCGGGCUAGACAGUGCAGCAUCUUUCCAUGUCAUGAGCAGAAUCGUUAAGCUAGCUCGUCAAGAUGGAAGGACUGUUAUUGCAUCAAUCCAUCAACCGAGCAGUGAAGUUUUUGAGCUCUUCAGCAAUCUUUGCCUCCUUUCUACAGGCAUGACAGUCUAUUUUGGUCCUGUUUCAAUGGCAGAGGAGUUGUUUGCUUCAAAUGGCUUCCCAUGCCCAACUCUGAGAAACCCAUCUGAUCACUACCUUAGAAUUAUCAACAAGGACUUUGAUGCAGUAAGAAUAUAGAUUUUUCUCAUUACCAUCCCUCUACUAUUUGAUAUAAUCAUCAUGGAUGACAAAUUGUGAACCAUUCGUUAUCAAAACUGGGACAUUGGGCAACCUGGUGGCAUGAUAAGGACUGAGGAAGUCAUUAAUAUUCUCGUCAAGUCAUACAAGUCAUCUGGGACUUUCCAGAAAGUUCAACAAUUGGUAUCUAAGAUAUACCAACAGAAAGGAGGAACUUUGGAGAGGAAGGGAAGCCACGCAAAUUUCAUAACCCAGUGCCUAGUUCUAACAAGGAGAUCCUUUGUGAACAUGUAUCGUGAUUUAGGCUAUUAUUGGCUUCGUCUUGCAAUCUAUAUUGCAUUGUGUUUAUGUGUCGGGACUAUCUUCUAUGAUGUUGGAUUCACCUUUGGCUCCAUUUAGGCAAGAGGUUCAAUGCUGAUGUUUGUUGCGGCUUUUCUGACUUUUAUGGCAAUUGGUGGAUUUCCUUCUUUUCUUAAGGAUAUGAAGAUCUUUGGGCGUGAAAGAUUGAAUGGGCACUAUGGAGUUGGCGCAUAUGUGAUUGGAAACACGUUGUCUUCCAUUCCUUACUUGCUUAUCAUCUCAUUAAUUCCUGGAGCAAUAGCUUAUUUCCUUGUUGGCCUUCAAAAGAGUUUUGAACACUUUGUCUACUUUGCAUUGGUCCUCUUUGUGUGCAUGAUGUUGGUUGAAAGCCUAAUGAUGAUCGUUGCGAGUAUAGUGCCAGAUUUCCUCAUGGGUAUCAUUACUGGAGCUGGAAUACAAGGUGUGAUGAUGCUAAAUGGAGGUUUCUUUCGACUACCAAAUGAUCUUCCUAAACCUUUUUGGAGAUACCCAAUGUACUAUAUUGCAUUCCAUAAGUAUGCCAACCAAGGAUUCUACAAGAAUGAGUUUGAAGGAUUAACAUUUCCUAAUAACCAAGUCGGUGGUUCACCUUCCAUUACUGGUGAAGAAAUCUUGCGAAAUACUUGGCAGGUAGAAAUGGGCUACUCCAAGUGGAUUGAUCUUGCUAUCUUGUUGGGGAUGGUGGUUUUAUAUCGGCUUAUGUUUUUGGGCAUUGUAAAGAUUGUCGAAAAGGUUAAGCCGGUUGUUAAAGCUCUUUGAUUUGGACCUUCCAAGCAUUCGAAACAGAUCGCAAAGAACACUUAGCUAAUAUUCAAUCCUUCACUUCAGGGGUAGAACCGAGAAUUGCUAUUUGGGGGCCAAGCUUAAACUAUUUAUUUGCAAUUAUUCAUGAACAACUCUCAGUAGAA